AUGGCUGACUUCGACCCCACCGACUAUGAUGGCCGGGACCCUUUGCCAGCAACAGGAGGGGGCAUCGUUUGGCCGCAGGCAGGUGAUCCUCUGAACCCAGACGAGCCGGAUGAUGAUGUGGGUGGCUCAAACCCGCAGGACACUCCCCAGUUGAAGGACGCAGUGCUCUUUGUCAUCGAUGCCUCCAGCAAGGACUGCCUGAAGCCACUGAAGCCCGGGGGCCGCUGCCUGCUGGCAGAAGCUCUGGCCUCGGCAGCCUCCGUUCUCAAAGCCAAGGUCAUUUCGAGCCCGGAUGACAAAGUGGGCGUUCUCCUUUACGGCGUCCGGGACAAGCAGAACCCCAACAACUUUGAUGGCAUCCGGCUUCUGCUGGACCUUGACAGACCUAGUGCUCAGCGCAUCAAGCAACUCCAGCAGGAGUCGAGCCGCACGCCCGCGCAGCUCGCGGAGCGCUACGGCGUCGGCCGAGCUGUGCCAGUCUCAGAUGUUUUUUGGACCUCUACCACAAUCUUCAACUUGGGUGCCAACCAGGCACAGUUCGACUCCCGCAUCUUCCUUUUCACCUGCAACGACGCGCCCUCUGCAGCGCCGGAAGAACUUGCUGCAGCACGCACCCGUGUUCAGGAUCUGAUGGACAUGGGUGUUGUGGUGGAGUUCUUCCCGCUGCAAUUCCCUGAGCAGGAAUUCAGCAUCGAGCGCUUCUGGGGCGGCUUGCUUCCUGUAGACCCCAUGGACUACCUGAAUCGGGCCGCCGUCCGGCUGGAAGACGUCGAGCGAGUGGUGCGGAUGCGCACGCACCGGAAGCGAACGCUGCAAAGGCUGGCCUUCCACCUCUGCCCUGGUGUCGAAGCCUCCGUCUCCGUAUUUGUCACCAUGCUCGAAGCUAAAGUGCCAGCACCGGUCUACUUGCUGAACGAGAACAACAAGCCGCUGAAGGCAGAGUCAAAGCAGAUUUGUGAACAGACGGGCGCGCUGCUGCACCCUGUGGAUGACAUUGCUACCUACGUGGAGGUUGCCGGCCAUCGGAUCUUCGUGACCAGAGCAGAGACACAGGAGGCAAAGCACUUCGGGGAUCCUUCCCUGCGGGUGCUCGGCUUCAAGCCCCUCAGCUGCUUGCAGGAUCAUCACCGCAUGUUCCAUGCCUACUUCGUCUACCCGAACGAAAAAGGCUUCACGGGCUCAGCAGCGCUGCUGUCCUCUUUGGUAGGCGUGAUGCUGGAGCGCAAGGUUCUGGCAGUGGCAAGCUACGUGGCGCGGCGCAACAGCGAGCCGGUUCUGGUUGCUCUCCUACCCCAGGCAGAGGUGGAAGAGGAGGGCGACCAGAGGCAGCCGCCUGGAUUCCACAUGGUGCGGUUGCCCUGGGCCGAGGAGAUACGCCAGCUGAGCUUCCCGCUGGCGGAAGGCUUUCCAGCCGAGAUGCCGGACAAUCUCAAGGAGCGAGCCAAAGAGGUUGUUCGGUCCCUGCAACUUCCUGACUUUGCCCCAGGCUCUGCGGAGAACCCGGUUCUCCAGAAGCAUUACGCAGCCGUGCAGGCACUGGCCCUUUCGGAAGAGCAGCCUGAGGAGACCGUAGAUGUCCUUCAGCCCGACGCAGCUCACCUGGACACCAAGAAGCCCCUCUUCCUGGCCUGGAAGGAGGCCCUGGACGCUGUAACGCCUUUCCGCGGCAAGCGCGCGGCGGGAGAUGGUGAGGGCGCUGCCAAGCGGCCCCGCCGCGAGGCGCCCGCAGCCCCCGCGGAUCUGGAGGCGAUGCGAGCUUUGGUGACGUCUGGUGAGGUUGAAAGGCUCACGGUCCCUGCCCUUCGUGACUGGCUGAAGGGCCAGGGCAUAGCAAACACUGGGAAGAAGCAAGACCUCCUGGACCGGAUUCGCGCGUGCGUCUGA